AUGGUGUUGCUCAAGAAUCGAGUGAAGAUGUCUUCUUGGUCACAGCAGUAUGUGGUCAAACUCUACCCGCCGCCCAGUGACACGUGGGAAUUGGAUCACCAUCAAUACCGAUACCACUUCUCUGGCUAUCCAAAACAGUCCGACCCUGUCAUAAACUUCAUCAGGGGCGCAAUUCGUCAAGUCGCAAAGCAGCACAUGUACGUCGCCGCUGUAUCCUACAAGAUUAAGCCACUCGACCAUCUACCUCCGAUCUGGCCGUUGAGCAAGCAAAACGAACAAUGGUCGUCGAAACUCUACGCUAUCAAGAAAUGUUUCGACGAGUUUCCAUACUCGAUCUUGGUGUCAGUCAAGCGCCCUAGCGACUCACAACCACUCACGAUGGACCGCCUAAUGGUUCGGAUUGACAAGGACGUGAAGCCAAUGCGCCUCAAAGAGUUCCUGCUGGAUCUGGCAGUGGGAGACACUUACGGGCACCCUACCGGACACCCUGGUCUCUCGGAUAAAGAAGCGCAUGAUAAGUGGUGGCGAACAAACGGGAUGUCCUUUCGGCUGCUGAACCUUCCGAAGGAGCUUCGGUUCAAGAUUUACCUGCACGUUCUUGGCUCCGUGAUUCGACCUCAUACAAUUCGCUGGGGUUUCAGCUCGGGGCGAGUGGUGUUGGGUUCGAUGGAGAACAAUCCUGAUUGGCCAGACCGUGUCAGGAUGGCGCAAGCGUUCUCUGGUCUCACUGCGCCUAGGCUUAUCAAGGAGCACACCAUUACUCAGGGCUUGAAAGAACUUGAGUAUCCCAACUACAACAUCCUGCGUGUCAACAAACAAGUCCAUCGCGAAGCAAUGAGGGCUGGUUGGACAGGCACGGAGAAGAUGUUCCAUACUGUUGACACACUCCGAUCGGUACUCCAGUGCCCUAAUUUGCCCGUGGCAGCUAAUCCUCUCGCAAAUGUCACCCUGAGCCUCGACCUUCAGAACUUUUUCCUAUUAUUCGGGUGGACUGUGGACCCACAUCUUCGUCAGUCACACGCUCCGCACGUCGGCCCCGGUCGGUUCUUCCGGCAACCCGAAGCCUCCGCGAUCAAGAAGCUAUCAUUGACAUUCCCAAAUCCAUACAAUCGCCGGCUCGACAGUCCCUGGACACUCCUGUAUGAUACGGUUCGUCCUAAUCUUGAGAUUUCUCAAUUUCGUGAACGAUUCCAGUACUUUCAAAAGUGGCCUUGUUACCGCCAUGUUAUAGACUGGAUCCUAACCUUUGCACACCCCUUUUUGAAGCGCAUCCCUUCCAUUGAUCUCCGCGGCUGUAUCAAGACCGGAACGAAGAAUAAGUGGGAGCAUAUCUUCCGCACCGAGUACGCUCUCAGCCAGGGCAAGGAGACCUACGGCGGCCAUGGAUUCAUCUACGAAGAGGCUACAGCGGCCCUCGAGGAUCGGAAGGAUUAUGUCGAUCCCCCUAAUCAGCUUCUAGGUGCCCCUGCCUGCGACUGUCCCAAGUCAUGCGUCAAUCCACCCGUCGAGCCUGAAAUUCCAGCUGGAAAGCGGGUCCAGGACUACCAUCUGCGUCAUCAGCUCCUUCAUGGAUUUGACCACGAUGAUAGGUUUCGGAUGUCAGACUUUGACGACACACUCGAGGAUGUCGAAGUCGAUGUGAAGAAAUCUCUGACGAACGUUGUGUCCGCCGAGAACGAUACUUCCGCUUGGAACGAUACUUCCGCUUGGAGCGCUACUUCCGCUUGGAACGCUACUUCCACUUGGAACGCUACUUCCGCCGAGAUCGAUACAGCUGCCGACAUCGAUAUGUCCGCCUCGACCGCACCCACCGUGCCCACCGGACAAGACUACCCCGGACCAGGUCAUCACUAG